AUGAAGAAGGAACCCGAGAACUGUCAACUUUUAUAUCGGAAUGGUUUGACAAUUUCCGAUGAGACAAUGAGUUUGAAAUGGCUAGAAAGAAAUUACGGCCCAGACAGCAAAACGGCAGAAAAAGCAGGGAAUGAUUUUUGGUUACUGCUCUUUGACGGACAUACUUCUCACGUCAAUACAUCUUUUCUUAUUGUCUCAAUCACCGUAUAA